AGAUACCUUAUAUAUAGUAUACAGAUGGAGUGGUUGUUGCUGUUACAUCCGGAUCCUAUAAAUCUUCACUUGGAGAAUAGGAGCUAGCGCUCUGCCUUGAAACUGUGUCAUCGACAGUAUCACUCUACUCCAUUUUUAUUGGUUCCAUGGCAGAGGCAUACCAGACACAGAGGCAGGAGGAAAUCAAUCGACUGGACAACGAAGAUGGCCGCAUCCGUAGAACUGGGACUAUGUGGACUGCAAGCGCUCAUAUCAUCACUGCAGCAAUCGGCUUCAGCGUGCUAUCGCUAGUUUGGGAUAUCGCGCAGCUCGGUUGGAUCGGCGGUCCCAUUGUAGUGAUUCUCUUAUCAAUGGUCAUCUUGUACACCUCGUUUCUCCUCGUCAAUUGCUGCACCACUGGUGAUGACAUCACCGGAAAGCGCAACUACACUUACAGCGACGCCAUCCAUUCCAAUCUCGGUGGAAGGAAAGCGAGAAUCUACGGUCCAUUCCAAUAUUUGAAUUUAUUUGGAAUAGCUAUUGGAUGCACUGUUGCUUCCUCCAAUAGCAUGAUGGCUAUUCGGAGAUCCAACUGCUACCACGAAAAAGGGCGCCAAAGCCCAUGCCAUAUCUCAAGCGAUCCUUAUAUGAUCAUCUUCGGGAUUAUACAGAUCAUCUUUUCUCAAAUCCCUGAUUUUGAUCAAAUUUGGUGGCUCUCAAUCGUAGCUGCAGUUAUGUCCUUCGUCUACUCUUUCAUCGGCCUUAUCCUCAGCAUUAUACAAGUUGUUGGAAACGGAAGAUUCAAAGGCAGUCUUACGGGAAUCAGCGUUGGCUCUAUUACACGGACUCAAAAGAUCUGGCGCAUCCUUCGAUCUUUAAAGGAUAUUGCCUUCGCUUACUCCCAUCCCAUCAUACUCGUCGAAAUCCAAGCUACAAUAAAUGCGCUACCACUGUCGGAAGCGAAAGUGAUGAAAAAGGCGACAUUUUUUAGUGUGGCGGUGAUCACCUUCUUCUACAUUGUUUGCGGUUGUAUGGGAUACGCCGCCUUCGGUGGUGAUUCGAUGCCUGGUAACCUUUUGACUGGCUUCGGCUUCUACAACCCCUUCUGGCUCCUCGAUAUUGCUAAUGCGGCCAUUGUUAUUCAUAUGAUCGGAGCUUGUCAAGUAUUUUGUCAUCAGCUCUUUGCCUUCAUUGAGAAAUGGGUGAAUGGGGCAUGGCCCAAUUCCACGUGCGUAGCCACGGUCGCAAGGGGGGCGAUUAAAAAACUACUUAGCAACUGUCUUUAA